AAAGAUUAAAGCAGUACAAGAGAAAGACAUAGCCACACUACUCUAUAUCUAAUCUUUUAAUGUUCUUUGGUGAUACAGAUUUAAAUAUUGUGUUUUUUCAUUUGUUUGUUAAUAAUAUCAAGACACUUUUCAGCGAGUGCAUGCAAGUAACUUGAUAAAGAUCUUACAUCUACACUGUUCAUACAACAAAUAUUUACAGAUUGAUAAAACUUUGGACUGUCUGCAAGAAGAUAUAUAAACAUAUAGGCGUAUAUACUGUAUGUGUGUAUAGGCCUAUAAGUUGAUUUUUAAAAGCUCUGCAGAUCUUGGAAGUACAACUACACAGGCAUGGAGAGAAGAUCAUGCUGCUCAUUGCUGAUGUUGUGUUUAUUAUCAGCUGUGGGUCUGAGCGUGUUUGGAUUCACGCGCAUGCAAAAUCAAUUAACAACAAAUCUAAAAGCUGAUCUUGAGGUUUCGGAGUUAAAAGAGAAGAAAUCAGAAUUGGAUAUAAAAAAUUUAGACAUAGAACUUCAAAACAUGCAGAUGCAGUUGGAGAUCUCUUUGACUGAGGUCAAGGGCCUUCAGGAUGAGGUGAAAUUAUUAACUUCGGAUCAAGAAAAUAUGGCCAAAGAAGCUAAACUAUGUCAGGAUUUAGUGGUCACAUUAAAUGACGAAAUCACAGUCAUUGUGAAGGACAAAAGUGACAAUGAAGGUAAUUUUAAUGCUGUCAAAUUAAAGUGGACUGAACAAAUAAAUGGCCUUAAAAAACAGUUGGAGGAGCGUAGUCCACUUUGUGCCUUUGUGAAGAAUUCGAAUGCAACUGGGCUGUGCAUUCAAGCAACAACCAAAAGCAAAUAAAUCAAAAGUCAAAAGCAGCCUUAAUGCCAGAUUAAAGGAAUACUACAAAUAGAUUUAAGGGCACAUAUAACUGCCCUUUAACAAACUAAUGUGAACUGUAUUGUGUGCAUUUAUUUCUGCAGUUGCAUCUGGCUUAAUAUAAUUCCUGAAUAAUGUAAAUAUUAAUAAUACUUGUAAGAUACACUGGAAAAAGCAUUUGCUAAAUGAAUAAAUGUAACUGUAAAUGUA